ACAUGCUUUGAGCGGAAUCAUUGUGUUAUCAUCAAAGUGAUAAAAAUGUUAUCGUGAAAGCAAAGAUGUGUAACAAAUUUAGUCUCAUACCAAAGUUAUGUCUAGUGAACUUAGUGUUUCUAUUUACGGAAAUCAACGCACUUGUCCUACGCGCGUAUAUCUCGCAGCAUGGAUUGCACGGAGAAAUCGAGUUCUCACACAAAAAUGAUACGUUCAUCAACAUUCGAACAAACCUCAAACCGACUCUACAAUACCCGGACGGCGUUUGGAGGUGGACUGUUCACGAAUUCCCUGUAGACUACCGAGAUUUGGGCAACGAGAGAUGCUCUGCCGGUAGUCUCGGAAAGGAACUGAUAGAUCUGACUGAAGAACUCGGCUACCUCAUCGUACCUGGUAAAGAUCACGCGGAGUAUGAGAGUAAGAACUCAUUGACGGGCCCUAUUGGUUUAUGGGGCAAGAGUAUCCUAUUGGAGACGGCAGAAGGGGACAGAACUAUAUGCGCAUCUAUUCUGUCAAUCGAUCAGCUCUACGAAAAGCAUGCGGUCGCGAGAUUCACAGCUCCCAUUGCGGGGACUUUGGAUUUCAGAUGGUUGUCAGCUCAAGAGUUUGACGAAACGGAUUCCUACGUCCAAGCUGAUCUGUACCACGCCAAAGCUGUUAAAGUCAGAAACGGGUUCACGGAACACAAAUGGAAACUGUUCGUCACCGACAUCUUCGACUCUGACAAAGGUAGUCAUGAAGACAACUGCAACGUGCUUCAGCUGGUUUUCGACCCUGAUAAUAGCGGUGAUGGGACGAGCGUUGGGGACCUAGACAGUCGUUUAGGUCUCAUCAAAGUGGCCACAGAUGCUAACGAGAACAAAAUGAAGAGGCUGUACAAGGAUGAGGUUUUAAAUGUCCUGAGAAGUGAUAUGGAAGCGACGAGGAGGAAUCUGUAUGUGGUGAUAUUUGAUGACCGGCACACUGACAGCUUCCUGGCGUGCGCCAAGUUGAGGCUGACACCACCCAAGUUCACCAAGGCUUUAAUCAACAUGGACGGCAUCCGAGGCACGGUGGAAUUCACCCAGCGCAGUCCCUUCGACCCAACGUGGGCGAACUUCCAGCUUGGUGCCGCAGACCAGGAUUACGAGUCCAACCUGCGCUUCGUGAGCUCCAUGCUGCAGUACUCCGUCAGGGAGUUGCCUCCUAAGGCCCUGGAGGCGAAGCAGUGGAACAACAUUUGCAAUACGACAGGGAAUUUGUAUAAUCCCACCGAAGUUGAUCUGAAGAACUUACCGCCCCCAGGUAUGGGCACCCAAGAUCAGUACCCUGUCGGCGACCUGCUGGGCAAGUACAAGGACCGGACCGAGUACCUGAACCACAAGUAUCUGCUGCCGGGGCUGGUGAACGAGCUCAGCGGAGCCUACUGGGACGUGUUCCUGCCGCUGAGCGGUCGGCACAGCGUUAUGCAUCGAGCUGUCAUUCUGACACGGAGGCCCCCCCAGAGGGAAAUUUGUGCUACAAUCCUUUCAUACGAAUAUGGAACGGAGUACCAGACGCAGAUGAGCACUGCGCAAGUGACCUUCCGGUACCCCCUGGUGGGCAGAGCCAUCUUGCGGCAGCCGCUGGAGAGGCCGUGGGAAGAUACCACCAUUAUCAUCGAGAGUAUGGUACAUGCGGAUGGUGCAAGCAUCAACAAUACCUUUGAGCACCGCUGGGCAAUACACGAGAACCCACCAGGCAAGGACUACUACAACUGGACAGCCAGAUGCUUGAGUGCUGGCAAGGUGCUGCAGCAGCAAGGCCUGGACGUGGACACGAGGCACCCUGAACACUACUGCCGAGCGGGGCUGGAAGGACUCUGUCGCUUGGGAGACUUUACUACACGGCACGGCAUGUUAAAUAUAGCUGGUAAGAAGGUUGACAGCGCACGUCUUACGCGUAGGUUGUUCACCGACACUGUCAUAGCCUUAGCUGGCAAGCGCUCCGUUAUGAAGCGAUCUCUCGUCAUAUACGACGAUCACGGGCCAGUUGCGCGCGGGGAACGAUUGGCGUGUUCUAUAGUGAACGGCCUCCACCGUCGUAAAGCAGUGAUCCAGGACUGGUUUGGCAAUGGCAACUCCAUAGGACUGUCGGGCAAGUUGGAGCUCACCCAGCAAUCCGAAUAUGACGUCACUAACGUGCAAGUCACGCUGGAAGGCCUGGACAACGACGUCAGGAACUAUAAAAUACACAUGGCCUCAAUAGAAAAAGAACUUGAAUUUCCAUGUGAGAAGACCACAAUAUAUGAUACAUAUAACCCAUUUAAAGUGAAUAAGUCACAGAGCCCACCUACUGCUAAAGGAACUGCCGAUCAGUAUGAGCUCGGAGACCUAGGUGAGAAGUAUGGUCUACUAGACAACUUCAAGAAGUUCACAACAUCUUAUAAUGAAACGCAGCUGUCUUUAUAUGGCACCUAUAGUAUAUUGGGACGCUCAAUGGCUAUACACAAGAAGGCAAAAGAUCGUCGAUGGGCGUGCUCAACCAUCGAACGAGGUUACAGUCCAUCAGAGGCUCGGGAAAUCCGUGGGAUAGCCUCUUUCCAUCAUCCCGGAGGAUUUGCGUAUGGCUACAUCCGUAUGACGCAGCUCAUCCACAACGACGGUAGUACAAGCGACACUGUCAUUGAAGUCAAGCUCAGGCAUCCGGGUGUAAGGGACCGCAACUUGACACGUCACCACCGAUGGGAGAUCUUUGUGAACCCUGUGGGAGUGGAUGCUGCGGUACAAGUUACUGGAACGCGCUGCGUCGCUGGCGGGUAUCGCUGGAACCCGUACUUCACACAACUUGCUGACCCGCUCAACCACGACUUAUACAAUCAGGAGUGUGGAGCGGACAAUCCUUUACGAUGUGACGUUGGCGACCUUACGUCGAGAUUGGGAACUAUUACAUUGGGAGCGGAACGUGAAGUGUUCAUGGACAGCAACUUUCCACUGGAGGGUACAGUGUCUGCCAUGAGUCGCUCCAUAGUGAUCUUCGGCCCUGAACAUUCAUCUGAAAGAUUCGCCUGCGCAAACAUUCAGCCCGACAAAGACAUUAUUAAGUUCGUCAAUAUAAUGAAGCCGCCAAGAUUCGUUCUUGGCAUGUUCCUGGACGACGUCCGCAAGGUGAUGGGGGUACCGGAGUGGAUGAUAGGCGUGGACUCGCGGCGCACCCGCGUGCUCCACCAAGGCGCUUGCAUACAGAUCUUGCUGCACUUCUCCGGCCCCGAGGCUAACAGAGUCGAGCUGGACUUCUCCAAGCUACUAGCGACGGGGCGCCUCGACUCACCCAGUCUGUAUAUCGCUGGCUAUAUCGACACAAAGAGGAAAAGGACUAUCUCCUAUAAACAGUGCGGGGUCACUGACCCGAAUGAGAAAAAAAGGAAUCUGGAAGGCCCUUUCCUAUUCUUCGGACCGAAAUCCCUUGAGAAAUAUCGGCGACCAGCGUUGAAGUCUUUGGACCAAGAUGACCUGAUGAAGAUAUAUGGGGAGCAGGCGGCGAUAGUCGUAUUCAAUAACCAGGACUCUAUGCCCCUGUCGAGUGGAAAUUUCCCAAGGUUAAGGAAGAUGCUCGAAGGUCAAACUACGCUGGUACUACCGCAAGACUUUCUAGACGUCCACCCGGAUUAUAUAAGCAAUGAGACGCAGGUGCUGACUCUCCAAGGGCCGUGGUCGGAGCGCGAUGCUCAGAUGACAGAAACCUUCGCUCGUCUGCAAGACAUCUACGGGCCAGGUCGGGUGUUGGGAGUGCUAGGCAACUCGGUAUCGCAAAGCCAAGCAGCGGAUUACGACGUUGAAUGGUCCCGAGUGCGUCGCCAGGCCGAAGACGUCUCCACCACUACCACCAGCAGUACUGCCAGCUCGGAAGAAGAGAAACCCACCCGCACCCUGUCUAGAUAUGCACUUUAUAACGCUACUGGCCCCCCCGGAAAAGGUGCCCUGCUGUAUUCCUCCGGCUGGCCCGAACUGAAGUGGCCGGACGGCUCCGUGACGAUGUUCGACACGCCCGUCGGCGAGCAAACGGUCAAGCCUACUCGCCUGUACACAAUACUGGUUGUGCGGUUUGCUGACAGGAAUAACACCAGGGAUAAGAUAACCCUGGAAUUCUCUUUUAAACAAUCGGGAGGCUGGUGGACGGCGGUGGGCGUGGAGGUCAAGCGCGGGCUCGAGAACACCGGGCUGAACCUGCAGGCGCCAGCUCCGCCUGAUGCGCCAUCCGCGGUGCUGGGCAAGGCGUACCACUGCUCGCUGCCCCUCGUGUACUCCGCAGAGGGCGCCACCCUCACAUUCGCUAACGUGCAGAUGCAACCGUUCAUGGACAGCACUGAAAAGUUCGCAGAUGCCUUUGAUUGCAUCGGUUUCACCUCAGUCCCGAUUUGGUCCGGUCUAAUGGUGACAUUCAUCAUGAUGAUCGGUCUGGGGAUCUCCAUUUCCAUGAUCCUAGACAUCAAGACCAUGGAUCGCUUCGAGAACAACCGAAGCAAGCAGCUAACUAUUACUGUUAGCGAAUAACUUAUUUACUCCUAAGGUUGAUGGACACAGGGCGGCAGUUUGCAGGACGGGCUCCUUUCAUGCCCUGCGAAGUGUUGCUUUGUUUAUAGGCGACGGUUUUCCCUUUACAAUCCGGUGGGCCAUCUGCUUAAUAUAUCAAAUAUGUUGUUGUUGUUGCUGUUGCCCACUUUCUACGUCUGCGUUUAUCGCAGUUUUGUCACAAGUCCCGUUGGAACACAGCCUAAAUACAACUAACUCUAUGCCAAAAAUCUGGUUAAUUGGUUGCUUAGUUAGGGCGUUAAGGCAGGACAAACAAAAAAAAAUCACUUUCGUAUUUAUAAUAUUAGUAAGGAUUACCUAUUUAAAAAAAAUCUAAAGCUAUCCUAGUUACUGGACUUUGUCAUAUUUAAUUAGAUGUUAAAAAAUUACAUUA